AUGUCUGCUCCUGCCACCAAGUUCAAGGUCGCUGACCUCUCCCUGGCCGCCUUUGGCCGCAAGGAGAUCGAGCUCGCCGAGAACGAAAUGCCUGGUCUCAUGGCCAUCCGUCAGAAGUACGCUGCCGACCAGCCGCUCGCCGGUGCCCGCAUCGCCGGUUGCCUGCACAUGACCAUCCAGACGGCCGUCCUCAUCGAGACCCUCACCGCCCUCGGCGCCGAGGUCACCUGGACCAGCUGCAACAUUUUCAGCACCCAGGACCACGCCGCCGCCGCCAUCGCCGCCGCCGGCGUCCCCGUCUUUGCCUGGAAGGGCGAGACCGAGGAGGAGUACAACUGGUGCCUCGAGCAGCAGCUCUCCGCCUUCAAGGACGACAAGAAGCUCAACCUCAUCCUCGACGACGGCGGCGACCUGACCUCGCUCGUCCACACCAAGUACCCCGAGCAGCUCAAGGACUGCUACGGUGUCUCCGAGGAGACCACCACCGGUGUCCACCACCUCUACCGCAUGCUCAAGGACGGCAAGCUCCUUGUCCCCGCCAUCAACGUCAACGACUCGGUCACCAAGUCCAAGUUUGACAACCUCUACGGCUGCCGCGAGUCCCUCAUUGACGGUAUCAAGCGUGCUACCGAUGUCAUGAUUGCCGGCAAGGUCGCCGUCGUCGCCGGUUUCGGUGAUGUCGGCAAGGGCUGCGCCAUGGCCCUUCACGGCAUGGGUGCCCGCGUCAUCGUCACCGAGAUUGACCCCAUCAACGCCCUCCAGGCCGCCAUGGCCGGCUACCAGGUCACCACCAUGGAGAAGGCCGCUGCCAUCGGUCAGAUCUUCGUCACCACCACUGGCUGCCGUGACAUUCUCACCGGCGUCCACUUCUCUGCCAUGCCCAACGAUGCCAUCGUCUGCAACAUUGGUCACUUCGACAUUGAGAUUGACGUUGCCUGGCUCAAGAAGAACGCCACCUCCGUCCAGAACAUCAAGCCCCAGGUUGACCGCUUCCUGAUGCCCUCUGGCCGCCACAUCAUCCUCCUGGCUGAGGGUCGCCUUGUCAACCUUGGCUGUGCCACCGGCCACUCCUCCUUCGUCAUGUCCUGCUCCUUCACCAACCAGGUCCUUGCCCAGAUUGCUCUGUACAAGGCCAAGGAUGAGGCUUGGGGCAAAAAGUACGUCGAGUUCGCCAAGACCGGUGCCUUCGAGACUGGUGUCUACGUACUCCCCAAGAUUCUCGACGAGGAGGUCGCCCGUCUCCACCUUGCUCACUGCCAGGUCGAGCUCAGCAGCCUCACCAACGUCCAGGCUGAGUACCUUGGCCUCCCCGCCGAGGGUCCCUUCAAGAGCGACAUCUACCGCUACUAA